UAUCGGGCACCCCUCCCGCUCCUCCUCCCGCUGCCGCAGCCCCUGAUGAGUUUCGGUUUCCAUUUCCCCGGCGCGGCGCGCCCGGCGCUGCCCGGACACUCCCGAGCUGUCGGCGGGCGAGGAUGGCGGAGGGACGGCGGCAGCAGUGCCGGGGCAGCGGCACGGGAGUGUGUCCUGCAGAGUGCACGCAGUCGCAGAGGAGUGAGGAGGUGAGAUGCUCAAACCAUGAUGGAACACACAAGCUCGUUCUCUUCCCUGACGGGAAGCUUUCUGAACAAUGGGCUAAAGCUUCAGCAAACUGCCCCCAGACAAGGCUGGUACAAGAACUGGGAAACCGAAAUAUCGUUCAAAUAGCAUGUGGGGACCAGCAUGCCAUGGCACUAUCCAGAGGAGGUGAGCUCUUCACCUGGGGCAGGAACACCCAUGGACAGCUUGGAGUGGGGAGCCAAACCACGCUUACUCACAAACCACAGCUGGUGGAAAGACUAAAGGGCAUCCCACUUGCUCAAAUUGCUGCUGGAGGAGCUCACAGCACCACCGUGUCACUCUCCGGAGCUGUGUAUUCCUGGGGAAAGAACAGUUUUGGACAGCUGGGACUUGGAGACACGAAAGACAGAGACUGCCCAACAUAUGUUGGAGCUUUAGAGCACUGGAAGACUGUAUUUAUCUCGUGUGGGGCAGAUCAUACUGCAGUUCUCUCCAAGGAGGGGCUGGUGUGCACCUUUGGAGCGGGAGAGUCUGGCCAGCUGGGUCACAACUCCACCCAGAAUGAACUCCUGCCUCGUGUAGUGGCUGAGCUGUGGGGAGCAAGGGUUACACACAUUGCCUGUGGCAGAAAAUACACUGUGGUCUAUGUCCUUUCCUUGGACAAAUUCUAUUUCUGUGGUUCUGCUGAUGAAGGACAACUGGAAAAUCAGAGGAAGCCCAAUCAGUUGAUACCACUUCCCAUCAAUUCAUCAGUGAACACUGGAAAAUCCUGCCAGAAAAAGAAUGUGUCAAAAAAGUGGAUUAAAGUUAUUGCAAGAGUAAAUCCAAGUUUUGCCCAUUGCAAGGAGGAGAACAAGAAUUCGUAUUUGAAUGGAAUUGCCACUCUGGAGGAUAAAGAAGUGGAUGCAUGGAUUUCUAAUUCUAAAUGUUGGGAGCACAUAAAAAAGAAUAUCAGACUGAUCUUUUCAUCCGAGGCUUGUAUCAAUGGAAGCUUUCUGGACAAAAGAGACAAGCAUUUCAAAACUUCCAAAGAAGUCUCAGGCAUAGACAUGUCAGAAGUGAAACGUUUUUAUGAGAAGAUCAGUAAAAAACAAACAGUCUACCGGGAGGUGCAAAAGGAGAUUCGGAACUUGCUGCCAUCAUUGUCUUCCUCUCCCAUCUCACCUGAAAAUUUCAGAGUGUACUUGAUCUUGCCUUUCCUUCUGCCGGGGAAGGAUAGGGACUCUUUCCUUUCUCUUGCUCUUCUGGCUCAAGCCAUUGUGAAGCUCCAGCGAGAGGGCCUGCAAACUCUUGAAUGCCUAUGGUCAAAUCUAGAAACACCCUUUUUCAAGGAGCUGGUCAUUCUGUAUCAGGGGCUUUCCCAGCAAAUUCUGUGGGAAUUUCUCAUGGAGUUCACACAUAUGGGGCCACACCGCCUCUUCAACCUGGACCCAGCUGAAAUUUGGCCUCUGCAAAUACUGCAGAUGCUUUACCAGGUGAACUCCAGAACUGGUUUUGGACUACAUGAAAGCAUCUUCCACGUACCUGAAGUGGGAGGGAUCAUCAACUUAUGUGCAGCCUUCAAUAGAGUAACAAUCCUAUGGAAGCUGAGCAAGUACCCAUGCAUCUUUGAUAGGGAAAACAAGAUCCAGGUUCAUACUACAGAAUGCAGGGGUCUGUCCAGUAUGUCUAUUAAUCCUCUGAUACCCUUUGCGUUCAUCUCUGAGCAAUGGCAUUUUUGCGUCAGACGACAAUGCCUUCUGCAAGACAUACGGAAAAAUUUAAAAUCCGCCUCAAAGCAAGAUUUCAGGAAGAUGUUAAAGGUGUCUUUUGAGGGUGAGAUAGGGGAGGACCAAGGUGGGGUGUCCCAGGAACUCUUCAGGAUUGCAGCCAGCACCCUCUGCCAGCCCAGCACCAGCGCCUUCUGCCAUUUCCCCUCCGGCCUCGUGUGGUUCCCCAGACAGGCCUCGAGCUGUGAGGAUGAGGACACCUUCCUCUUCAUUGGGACACUGUGUGGAAUGGCCCUGUUUAACCAACGCAUGGUGCCCUUCCCCUUCCCCAGGGCUCUCUACAAAAAGCUACUGGACCUGGCCCCCACCCUGGAGGACCUUGAGGAUCUGCUGCCAACCAUGGGCCGGAGUCUUUGGAGAAUUUUGAAUGAAGAAUGUGAUAGCUUGGGCUUGGACUUCACGAUAAUGGAAGGAGAAGAUUCCACAGAUGUUGUUGAGCUUAAAGAAAAUGGUGCCAACAUUCCUGUCACUAAGGAUAACAGGAAAGAAUAUGUUGAUUUGUAUGUGAAUUAUAUAUUCAAUAAAUCAGUACAGAAGCCAUUUGAGGACUUUAUGCAAGGGUUCUUAAGAGGCUGCCCAGCUAGAAAUUGGAAGAUGUUUUCCCCUGAAGAGCUGCAGGUUCUUCUUCAGGGACACACAACGUUUGACUGGCAUCUGCUGGAAAAGAAUGCGAUAUACGAAGGGUAUGAGAAGUUAGAUCAAACCAUCAGGAAUUUUUGGACUGUGUUUCACAAGCUAACAGAAGAAAAAAAGAAAAUGUUUCUUGCUUUUUUGACAGGAUGUGAUCGAAUCACUGGCUAUAGACCAGAACGUUUUGGAUUUCGUAUUAGAGAUCCUCGAGUAGAAAAUCCAGAUGAGUUCUCUCCCUGUGCCAGCACUUGCUACCUCAUUUUGUUGCUCCCCAGAUACAGCAGUAAAAAAAUACUCAAAAAGAAGUUGCUUUAUGCCAUAGAGCAUAAUGAAGGUUUUGGACGUGCCUAAAUCUGUGAUAGAAGCACUUUAAAGCAAAAAUAAGAAAACGAAUCUUUGUUCACUUGUCAUAUUUUCUCUUAAUAACUCAAAUCUACUGGUUUCUACCCUGCCUUAUUUUUACUGCACUUUAUAAACACCUGAGUGUGUGCAUUUGCUGAAAUUUUACAUUGCUUAUAAAAUUGAGCUUCGACUAGAUACCUCAUAGUUAGAUUAUAAAGUUAGGAAAGAAGAAUCCUGUUUAGGACACUUCAGAGAAGUAAGCUGAUAACCAAGCAUAUUUACAUAUAUAUGCAGGCAGGGUCUGUGCUGUUCUGGUUGUGUUAGAACAGUGAGCUCCCAGCAGCAGGGAUUCUGUGAUUUGUACAUUUGUGCAUUAGCAAGCACACAACCAGGAUGUGCUAAGCAGUCACCCUUACAAGGCAAAGCUGGGGUAAGGUUUUCAUCUGUGUUACUUAAGGGUUUCUCUUGGGGAGCAACUAACACGUUUAAUGAGACUGAAUUGAAGAAGCAGUCUGUGCUCACCUGGAUAUGAUCUAUGAUUUAUCUGAGAGAAAUUCUUAGGAGGAUUUGAUCAUUCCUAGACUUUUUCAAAAGCUGUAUAAAUUAUAAUAAUGCAAUUUUUUGUUGUUUAGUGUGAUAAUUGUGAUAUUUGUCAUGUUUCUUUCUAUCUUCUAAGGAGAUGUUUCACAAUUAAAUAAUUAAAUCUUAGACUUGGAGAACAGCACUGUCUACAGAGCCCUAUGGACAUGAGGCUGGCAGGGCUUCUGGAAUCUCAUUGUCAAAACAGUGCAGAGCACUGUCAGGGCAUUAACAAUGUCAGGCAGGACGUGUGUUUUCUGUGUAUUUUGCUAUGUGGAGAGAGGGAGAGAAAAAACAGUCAUUAUUUUUUAGCAGUCUUCUCUUUGGUACAUUAAAUGUGUCAGGGGACAUCCAUAUGUAAAGAAGACUUCCACUGUCUUAAAUUAAAUGAUGAUGGAUUAAGUUUUCA